UGAAACCAACACCUCGAUACACACGCUGGAGUCUGGAAGAGAAGAAAAGACAGCAAUAAGGAAACAUGGACAUAAUCAUAAGUCAGAAAGUGAAGCUUAUUACAUUAUUAAGCGAGAAGAAAAACAUUUUACAGUAUGUCCAAUCGAGGAAGUUGAUAACCAGGGAUCAAUACAAGACACUGAAAGAAGUCUCCGACCCAGAAACACAAAUAACGGACCUCUUGGACGUCAUUACGGAAGAGGAGGGUAAAUGCAUCACAUUUUUAGACUUGCUGAAAAAACUCGGUGUGCAUGAAAGCAUCCCGGAGCUGAAGAAGCAGAUAUCAACAGUAAACACCUCAGCACUAACACCAGCUCCACAGAGCUCUGGCCAAAGCUCAGGUAGCUCAGUGAAUAUCCAUGUAGCUGAUGGCAGCCAUCUUUGCACCCCUAUAAUCAUUGGCUCUCAGGUUUCUGGCUUCAGUAUGAAUACGAAUUAUGCUCUUCAACAAAGGACUGAUGAGAAACCACCGAGAAGUUACGAUCGGACCCUGAACAAUAAUCCAAGAAUCACAGAUGACCAAGACUUUCUGAAGAGGAAAUAUCCUGAACUAGUUAAGAAAGUGAAAAAUGUUGAUGGACUUGUUGAUUACCUUCAUUUUCUGGGAAAUGAAAUGGCAGCAAAUGUGCGAGCUCUGCCGACAGACCAGGCCAAGAUGAGGAAAGUUCUGGAGUACACAACCAGCACAACUGCUGCUCAGCUUCUGGUUGAUGCCUUGUAUAAACAUACACCUGAUGUCAUGGAGGACCUGACCACAGCCUAACAGCUCAGGGCAGCAUUUAAAACCUCUUCAUGGUGCGUGACAUAAAUUACAGAUCAAAUACCUCCAUUUUGAAAGAAAAUUGUCUAAGGUGUGAACCAUCCUCUUUUUCACCCACAUCUGUCAUGCCACUCAAUUUCUCUAUUUUUAUAAUGCUUUACAUAAUCAUUCCAGCAUUAGCAGAAUAUAGUCUGCAUAAAAUUAAGUACUGUGGCGAGAUUGUAUAUUGACUCGCCAUUGGGAGGGUUGGGGGACACGAACCGGUAUUGCACAUUACAGCAACUCAGGUUUUAUUACUAUUUAACUGUACACGAUCACCCGCAUUUGUCAUCCCGCUCCAGUUUUCUAUUUUCUUUAUCUUUCAGAAUCUAUUUUGAAAUACAUUCAACAUAAACAUACAAUACAUUCAACAUAAAUUUAUGGAUUAUGCUUUUUUUAGAUUGACUAAUGCUGUAAUUGUGCUGUCUUAAAAAGUUAUACGGGCAUUUAUUUAUUUUUUACAUUUUUUACGAAUGUCCCUCCUGUCUCUUUUGUAUCUGUAUUCUGAAUUUCAAAUGUAAAACAUUAAUCUAAUUUGUAAAUUCAUAAUUUGUAACCACUGAUGCUCAUUUUUUUAUACUGGAAUACACACUAUGGUCAAAAGUUUGUGGACACCUGACCAUCACCCCCAUACAGUGGUGCUUGAAAGUUUGU